AUAAUGAUCACUUUGCUUAGGUUAUAUUGAGUGCGUAUUAUGUCCUAUGAAACAACCAAGAGUUUGAGACAUACUCUUGUGUCUUCAGAUUAAUUAAUUAUUUUUUGAUGAAUGACAAGGACACAGAUGCUAAACGAAGAGAGUCUUGGGAAUUGAAAUCAUCCACGUGUUAAAGGUACUGUAUAAAUCACCUUCUUUCAAAGCCUCGUCACAAUCUAAGCAUUUUCUCAGAAAGAUCAAAGAGCCGUUGAGAUCCGCACAGAUUAAUGGAUGAACGUUGCGGUGAACUUAUAAUUGGAGGCCUACAGAAACCUGUUACAACAAACGAUAGCUGCGUGCGGCUCUUGUUUUCAGAUGUUUAUGGAUAAUACCGCUGAUGUCUAUAGCAUUUGUGAUGGAGAGAUGAUGUCAUCCACCGUGGAUCUUUUGCAUUGUAACAAGAGCUUUUUGGAAGUUUCUUGGGGACAGCAUGAUUCUUUAAUCUGUAUGGACGGGUAUUCUUCAGUCGUGGAGGACGGUUAUACACACUUGACUCCAACAGAAGAGCUUUACACCACACAGAAUGGUCAGAUACGGGGAGAAGGUAUUAUGUUCAACGGCUCAAACUCAAGUUUGAACACGAACAUGUCGAGGUUCACCUGCCAGUGGCUGGAGUGUAUGCAAACCUACUGCACAAUGAAGGAGCUCAUCUCUCAUCUGACAGCGGAGCAUGUGUCAGGGCAAUCCAGUUACAUAUGUUUAUGGCAAUAUUGUUCCCGUCAAAGGAAUCCAUUCAAGGCCAAGUACCAAUUGAUCAAUCACCUGAGAGUCCACACGGGUGAAAAGCCCUUUCGGUGCUCUUUCGGAUGUGGAAGAGAGUUUGCACGGGCGGAAAACCUGAAAAUUCAUGAAAGGACACAUACAGGUGUGAAACCUUUCAGAUGCCCUUUUGAGGCCUGCGAAAGAUGUUUCGCAAACAGCAGUGAUAAAUUAAAGCACAUACGUGUCCACUCACCCGACAAACAAUUCAUUUGCAUGUACUGCUAUAAAUCAUACUCUCACGCCAGCUCACUCAGAAAACACACAAAGGUCCAUAUGCCAGUCGUGGAAUACACUCAGAACUAGAACUACUAUACAGCUAUGUGACGAGCUAUAGAGAUCCAGCCUUUUUCAAAUAAUAUUUUAAGGUGUGCUCUAGUAUGCGUAUCCGUUUUUGUCAGAAAUAAGUGUUAAAGUGAAAUGGUCCCUUUUUCCAGUUACAUGAAAUGUUAAUGAAAAAAGAAAUAAUAUAUUAAAGCAUUUGACAACUUGAAAACUAAAAACAGUUUGCAUGUUAGAUUCUUAUAAGUUGCACGUUACAGCAUGUGAUAUUAGUCAUGAUCGAAAAUGUGUUACCCGUCAGUAGCUAAAACUCUACACAAAUGUCGAACAUGUUUUAAUGCAGAAUCAUCUCAACUUUGUUGUUGUCUUGUAAAGUGUGGUCAUGUUCUCUUCAAGUGUAA